GCCAUCUUCGAAAUUGUUGUUUUCGCUUGUUUUUAUUAAAGUUUGUUGAAUUUUUAAUUUAUUUUACUUGAAUUAUGCCUAUUGAAGAUGACAUUGAUGCUUUUCGAGAAUGGGCUACUCAACUAGGCUGCGCUCAAACUGCUUUGCCCAGCAAAGACGCUCUAAAGUCUGUCUUCAAAUCGCGUCAACGAGAUUUAUUUUGCAAUUUAAUGAGACGUGUUAAGCCACGCAACGAAUGCCAGAGUAUAAGAGAAAAAAUUCUGAUAAAUGAAUUGGAAAAGUUAAACGAUCUCGUAAUACCAGUUUCCAAGGGGGCCUUUUUACCUAAAGCAAUGCAAAUACAUCUCAAAGUCCAAGAUUUAAAAAAACAACAAAAAGAUCUUCAGAAAUUUGUGGAAGAUCGAAAGAAAGAAUAUGAAGGCUUAUCAUCGAAUAUUAAAGCAAAAAAUAUACAAAUAAUUAAAUUCGAAAGUAGAUGCGAGAUAUUAGAAGCUAAAAUCCUUAUACUCGAAUUCAAAUCGCAAGAUUUGGAUGUGAAAUUGAAAACUGAAGAAGAAAAUCGAAAGAAAAUUUUGUCAACGAUACCCGUUGUACUAACAUCCGAGAAUAAAAGCGAAGCAAAAGCAGCCGAAGCUGUUAACGAAGCCAUACGAAAAUUGAAACAAUUUUAUGAAUUUUGUGUGGAAAAUAAAAGUUCCCAACAGCUUUCGGAAGCUAAAAGUAAAUUAUGGUCUGAUAUGCGGCAAAUAUAUUCGAGAGUACCGAAUUUUAUGCUAUUUAAUGCAAUAAUGCGCUUAAAAGAGGAGCAAUUGCAAGAUAUUACAAACUUAAGUAAAACGGUUAAUAAUGACAGUCAUUUGAUGUUACUUUCCAAGGAGGAUUGUUCGGAAUUUGAAUUUAAUUUAUUAAGGACUAAAGUGAAUCUCUUGGGCUUAUCGGUUAAAUAUUUGGUAGCUCGGCAAGAACGGCAACAACUUGAUUCUCAGUUCCUCCGCUUAUACUGCGAGUUUGAACCAAAGCUAUUGGAAAAAGUGAAAAUGUUUAAUACUCACGUUGAAGAUGAGAAAACCGAGGAAACAUUACGUGAAUAUAUUGUGCAAUAUAAUGCGCGAAUUUUUAUUAAAGGCCAGAAUGAGUCCCUGCUGCAGCAUAUCGAUAGUCUUAAAGCGGAAAUUGAUUCUACUACUAGAGACGUAGAACAUCACGAGAUACUUUUAGGAUCUGUUAAAGACAUAUAUAAUCGCAUCUCAAUUUCUGUGAAUCGUAUACGAUACGAAAUGUCGCAAUUAUCUCAAAUCAAGGACAGAAUUAUUUAUUCAAAAGGCUUAAUGGAACAUCAAUUGCACAGUUUGCAACCAGCAAUGAGAGCCAAGUCAAGAAUAAAAGUGAACAACAUCAACGAUAAUCAAAAUUUUCUACAAUUAAGUGAUAUUUUUGAGACAAGCCCUGAUGAAGUUUUUUGUAGCACAAAAUUAGAUUUUGACGACAACGCUUCCGCAUUGAAUAACACCACCUUUUCGCAGCGUAGCUUUUACAAUAGCGAUGUAACACUAAUGCCGCAGGCUCAGCCGAUUACUUUGCCACCUCACACUAUGGAAUUAAGCACAUUUGCCGAGUUGCCAUUAGAACGUUUAAAUUGCGUACCAAAAGAAUGUUUGUUCCUUUUAUCACCCAAUCCCCUGAUUAUUGAAACACGUGAACUUACAUCUACUAUUCAAUUGGCUCCCGGCAUUUUAUUAACACCCUUCGGCGCUUUACAGGAAGUCCGAAAACACAUUAUGUGGGCGGAAUUGAUUGCGGCCCAUUCAAAUAGCAUAAAAUUGAAUUCAGACAUAUGUAUAGUUGACAUCUCCGCCUUAAAACUAAAAGCUAAACAAGAGCAUGAUAGAAUUGCAGAAUUAUUGGAUAAAAUUCAUGAUACAACUAACAAUACUAUGCAUCAACUAGAGAGGUUGAAUAAAUUAUACGAUUUCAUAAUUGCGAAUCCUCUCCGCCACUUUAUACCCAUAACUAAGAAAUUCAAUAAUCAAUCAUACUGCGAAUAUGAAGCGGAAUUCGAAUUGUAUUAUCGUAUGGCCACUGCAGGCAAUUCCAUCAAAGAAUAAUAUUAUUAUUAUAGCUAAGGCUAAUCAACGUCAUUAUUUCAUAUAUCGAGUAUAUUGUGUUUUAAAGGGGGAUGAUGAUUUUCCCGUCGCAUGUACAUAGUAGUAGAACACAAAAAUUGUGAUUGAAAUGCAAAUUGUGUUAUAUAGUUCUUUCAAGGAGAGAAAACAAGACAACCGUUAUACAUAAACUCUGCUUAUUAAUAAUGUUACACUUAUAUAUAUAUAUAUUUCUUUUUAAUGCCGUUUUAUGCAUAACAUAUAAUGUUAUCAUUUUUGAGUAUACUACGAAGUAAAACACAACCUCUGUAAAUCAAUUUGAAUGAUAAUUAAAAAGAGUUUCGGUUGACUGAAAUUAAAUAAAAAAAUCAUCUAAAAAUAUUUCGUUGAAUGCUUUGCUGGCGUCGGAUAUAGUGAUCAAAAUAGGGCUACUCUUGCAUUUUGUUUAUAUAAUUGGUUUAGCUUGGAGACUGCCGCAAUUGUAUUUAAGUGAAAGUUAAUACUUUUUAGGACUUUGUUUGGUCAUCGAAGUAUUCGGUUAUACUACAUACUAGUUAGGGAUUUUUUGAAGAAUGUAUUUAUGAUGAACGUAAUAUUCGGAAUUAGUUUAGACAUG